AUGCAACUCUCUUUGAAGACUGAAUUGAACUCUUUGAAGACUGAAUUGAACUCUUUGAAGACUGAAUUGAACUCUUUGAAGACUGAAUUGAACUCUUUGAAGAUUGAAUUGAACUCUUUGAAGAUUGAAUUGAACUCUUUGAAGAUUGAAUUGAACUCUUUGAAGAUUGAAUUGAACUCUUUGAAGAUUGAAUUGAACUCUUUGAAGAUUGAAUUGAACUCUUUGAAGAUUGAAUUGAACUCUUUGAAGAUUGAAUUGAACUCUUUGAAGAUUGAAUUCAACUCUUUGAAGAUUGAAUGCAACUCUUUGAAGAUUGAAUGCAACUCUUUGAAGAUUGAAUGCAACUCUUUGAAGAUUGAAUGCAACUCUUUGAAGAUUGAAUGCAACUCUUUGAAGAUUGAAUGCAACUCUUUGAAGAUUGAAUGCAACUCUUUGAAGAUUGAAUGCAACUCUUUGAAGAUUGAAUGCAACUCUUUGAAGAUUGAAUUGAACUCUAUGUGA